GAGCUUUGAGCUUUACUACCCAAUCAAUCCAUUCCACUCCACCUCAUUCGUACAAUACCCAUAACCGACUCACAAAAAGACUCUUCCCCAUCUCUCCUCUUUCCUCCCUCUCUCCUCUGCUCUCUCCCUUCUCCUUCCUUCCCUCUUCCAUCUUUUAUCGGCCGCUCUCCUCCUUCGCUCCUCGUUCCCUGUUCUCCCCCUUCUCCCUUCUCUCCCUCUCCUCCCCACUCUUCCCCCCAUCUUCCCUCUCCCCACCCUCCCCCCUCUCCCCCCCAUCCCCCCUCUACCCACCAUCUUCCCUCUCUCCCCCCAUCCCCCCUCUCCCCACCCUCCCCCCUCUCCCCCCCAUCCCUCCUCUCCCCCCCCUCUUCCCUCUGUCAUCCCUCUCCCCAUCUCUCCCCUCCCCCCUCUCCCCCUUCUCCCCAAUCUCCCGCCUCUCACUCCUAUCCCCCUUCUCCUCUCUUUCCCGUCUUCCCCCAUCCCCAGCGACCUCAGCAGCAACAUUUUCUCGGGAUCGCUGCCUUUGGGCUACAGCCGCCUCUCCCAGCUCUCCACCCUGUCAGUACCACGGAGUGGAGUGUGUCGCGCCCUGUCAACAACUCUCCACACCGUCAGUGUG